GCAAUAAGAAAGAGAUAGAAAGAAAGCUAAAAACAAGCUUGUUUUAUUAGUUUAAUUUAAACAAAAAAAUAAGGAGUGAACAGCGACACCUACAGUUGAGGAAAUAAACAGAAAGUUCAGAUUAACAACUUCCGGCUGAAGAGUCGAGAUGUCGGGGGACCCUUUCAAACAAAAACUCUUACAGGUGUCUAACCAGCUCACCGAGUCUCAGCUGAAGGAUUUGACUUUCCUCUGCGGGUUCAUCGGGAAGGCCCGUCUUGAGAAGAUUACCCAAGGAUACGAACUAUUUGAGGUCCUUAUCGAACGGAAGAAAAUCCAACACGACGACGCGGUGUUCCUGAGUGAUCUCCUGACUCAAGUCGGUCGAAGCGACCUGUCGGACCUGUUCACUACUGGGAACCUUGGUCCUACUGCGGGUCCGAAUGACCCUAGGGACGCAGAAGGAGUGAACAUUAAUUUGGCCGCGGAGGUGAUCGCUGACCAUCUAGGGAGAAACUGGCGCAAACUGGCCCGCAAGCUGGGCCUAUCGGAGGUGAAGAUCAAGAGCAUUGAGCGGAGGGGCCAGCAGAUGGACCUGGAGGAGCUGGCGAUGGAGGUGGUCCGGGAGUGGAGGAGCACCCGGCGGGGGGAGGCCAAGGCGGAGCACCUCCUGGUCGCCCUCAGAGCAUGUGAGAUGAACCUCACCGCAGAGAAGGUGGAGGAGAGGCUACGGGAGGCUAGUGAGCAGUGAUGGAGCAACGUCCAAAAGAUCGUUUAUGCAGUGAAAGCAAACUGUGUUUUAUUUUUGGAGAUGUGAUGGUGGAGCGACUGACUGGUUUGGAGGAGGGCAGACGGUAAAUGAUGCAAUAAACGUCUGCUUUAAAGGUUCCCUCAUGAAGGAUCUCUAUCUAUUCGAACAUCUCCUUUAUCACUUAGAUUUAAAUGUAUAAAAUAGGAUAAUAAUUCCAUAUAUACUAGAAUCACUUAAGACAAUUAACUACGACAUGAAUCUGUUGAAAACAAAAGUGUAAGUAAAAGUUGAGCUCUUGGCAAAACAUACAGGAGGCUUUUAUUCUGUAGGACCACACACACAGACAGACAGACAUAAAUACAUACAUAAAUACACACACACACACACACACACACACACACACACACACACACACACACACACACACACACACACACACACACACACA